GUUGGCUUCGCUUCCUCUGUUGCGUGCUGCCUCCAUGUUGUUUCUGUUGAGUUAAAUGUUCGCCUCAAUUUUUUUACUUUAUUAUCGGUUAAUAAUCGACUUUUAAGACUGACUGACUGUGUAAAAUGGCUAGCGACCAACAAUUUUGCUUAAGGUGGAAUAAUCAUCAAAGUACUUUAGUUUCUGUGUUCGAUAAUUUGUUAGAAAGUCAAACGCUAGUCGACUGUACCUUAGCCGCCGAUGGACAAUAUUUGAAAGCACAUAAAGUGGUGUUAUCAGCAUGCAGUCCAUACUUAGAGGCGAUACUAUGUCAAAACCUAGACAAACACCCAAUCCUGAUACUGAAGGAUGUAAAGUUCUCCGAAUUGAAGGCAAUGCUCGACUACAUGUACCGAGGAGAAGUAAAUAUCUCCCAGGAGCAACUUUCCACGUUCCUGAAAGCUGCAGAGUCACUUCAGAUAAAAGGACUAACGGAUAGCGGGGGAGGGGGAACCACCGAUAGAGAAAGAGACCCGCUCAAACGACAAGACAUCCGAAAACCCCUGAAUCAACCAGUGCCUCAUAUACCUCAACCUCGUCCCGUAGUGCCUCAUCCUGGAAUGAUGGAACGUCGAUCGCUGCCACACUUCCCACCUCACAUCGCUGACAUGCAGCCGCAGAGCCCUCGACACGCGAGAGAAGGCAGUACUUCUCCCACCGCCCGCAAACGCCGCCGACCCAACAGGCCUAGUAGUGACGACUCCAACUUCGUUUCGACUCCCAACUCCCUCUCAGAAAACCAACCAGAUACGAGCGACUCGUGCGACGUUCCAGUCAAGCAAGCUGCCUCUUUGACCCCCAACGUUCCUAACGCCACUACCAAAGCCCCCGAGACUGACUCAAACAGGACCACGCCCCAGCCACAAAACAACCAAGUCAACUCAGAACAAAAACAACAGGUCUCUGUCAAGAAGGAAUUCUCUGAAGCGCUGUUAACUCCUAAGACUGAAUUUGAUUACGGAAAUGACAACAGCAUGGAAGAUGUGACCUAUGAAGACGAUGAAGAAGAAGAAGUGGACCUGAGCAAGCCUGGGACUUCGUUUGCAGCUAACAGUCAAGGAUUUCCACCAUGGCAAAUGGGCGGCGAUGGAUCAAAUGAUGACAGUAACAACAUGUACUCCCCUGAUGUAACUGCGACAACUAAUCAGAACAACUCCCAAGGCGACGAGCUGCCCUUCUACUCCGGCCUCUCAUUGUUGGAAGUGGCCCGAUACUACAGAAGCAAUGCCGCUCCGCAACGAGAACGAAAACAUGAAGACAACUUCAAGUGCACCAAUUGUGGAAAAUCAUACAAGUCUAGGACGAGUUUAAGUCUCCACCUACGUCUAGAGUGUGGGAAAGAGCCCAAGUUCGCUUGUCCAUUUUGUCCCAAAAAGUGCCACCAGAAGGGAAAUUUAAAAGUGCACAUUCAUAGUAGACACAAGGCAGAACUCAAUGGUGAUAGUUCAGCCUGUAGUCCGGAAUCUGUCAAUGGUUCAGCGACAUGGGAAAACAGUUCACCGCUGCCGGCAUUGACUUUUGAAAGUGCAAAUUCAUAGGGAAAUUGGUUUUGGUCUAUAGAUUUUACCCGCCAGUUUUUAUCAUGGGGUACAUCAAUCCAAGCUAUUGUUUGCUUCUAAUAG